AUGGCCUUCUUCACAUGGUUAUGGGACUGGCUGCUAUGGAUGUUCUGGGCGACGGAGAUGGAUGUCACGAUUGUCGGCCUACAGAAUGCUGGAAAGACGAGCCUACUUCGAGUCCUUGCUGGCGGCGAGUUCACCAUCGACUCAGUUCCUACGAUAGCCUUCAAUAAGAAGGAAGUCAAGAAGGGUCAUGUCAGCAUCAAGUGUUGGGACAUAGGAGGUCAACCACGUUUUCGGUCUAUGUGGGAGCGCUAUUGCCGCGAUGUCAAUGCCAUCAUCUUCGUGGUUGACGCCGCCGACAAGGAUGCAGUGCCGGUAGCAAAGGAGGAACUACACGCACUGUUGGAAAAGGACACUCUGGCGAGCAUCCCUUUGCUCGUCCUCGGCAACAAGAGCGACCUUCGCGAGAAAAUGAGUGUCGAUGAGUUGAUCGAGGGUCUGGAGCUGAAGAAAGUCGUCGGCAGGGAGAUCAGUUGCUAUGGUGUCAGUGCAAAGGCCGAGACGAAUCUGGAGGCUGUAUUGCAGUGGCUGGUAGCAAGGAGCGGCAAAUAG